AUGGCCAGCGGAAUUCCGUCCCUUCCGCAGCGGGGUGGCCGGCCGGUGGAUGCAGCUCGCUUCGGCCUCGGAGUCACAUGCACGUUGCGGUGCAAUCUAGUGCCUGUGCCUCUGCCAAGCGGAGGGCCUUGUUUCAGAGCUCGAGCUAGCUACGUCAUGCCAUGUUAUUUCGCCUUUGUUCAGCCGCGCUUGGAGCUCUUCGAACUCUGCAGCAGUCAAGUCUCCUCCGGCUGCACGAUCGCCAGCUCAAAUUCUCCGCGGCUUGAAGAAAUUGACGUCAUUGUUGUGCCUGAAACGCGGAAGGAGAUCACGAGGUAUGGUGUGACUCAUCGCUGUCGGUGGCUAUUUUGCUACCGAAAGUGGAAGGCAAAGUGCAAGGUGGCAGCGCGUCAUGCGGCUCGUGCUACCAAGCGAAGUACGAGCCGAGCGGGAGAUCCCAGUGAUGGCUCGGGCUGGACGCCAUUCUCAGCCUGGAUCGGGCGAAAUGCGAAUAGACCGCGAACAGAGGACACGUGCGAGGCAGAGAAGGCGCUCUACAAGUACUCUUCAGUGGAUCCUUGCUGUAUGUACCCGUGCGUCAAGCGCAGCGUUCCAUGGGUCGAAGUGAGAGUGGCUGCAACUGUGGGAUAUCACGGUGCAGCUAGUCUCGCGUGGCCAGCCUCUGACUGA